AUGGCUAGAACGAAAGUGUCAGCUAGAAAAAUCGCCAAGAAAGGAGCAACAAAGACUCUACCUGGAGGAAGCAAACAUCCUACGAGACGUGUUCCUAUUCAGGGUACUACCAGACGAAGGUGUCCUCGCUAUAAAUGGGGCACAACAGCUCUACGCGAAAUCCGACGAUACCAAAAAUCUACCGAUCUCAUAAUACCGAAACUGCCAUUUCAAAGACUUGUGCGAGAAAUCGCACAAGAUAUUUCUUUGACUGCAGAUCUGAGAUGGCAGUCAUCGGCGAUCUUAGCUCUUCAAGAAGCUGCUGAGGCAUUUCUUGUCAAGGAGUUUGAAAUGACAAACCUCUGCGCAGUACAUGCCCAUCGAGUUACUAUUCAAGCUAAAGACAUGGAGCUAGUGGACAGACUCCGAAGAAUCAUGACUGGUGCGCCUCCUACGAAUCAGCAAAUUGAAGAAAGUGCGAAUUAUUUGCUCGGCAAAGAUUUCAGUGGUCCAGGAGAGGCCCCUCGUGCCGGAAAAAAUUGGGUACACGAUUUUAUCAAGCGCCUGCCAAAACAAUAUGUACGAAUCGUUCAAAAACCUCAAGAAAAGGAACGUACCGUUGCAGAGCAUUAUGGUGAGGUUGAGCGCUGGUUUAUUGCCCUCGAGCUCGCUAUACAACAAUACAAAAUUCGCCCUCAAAAUCUGUGGAACUUCGACGAGACCGGAUUCAUUGUUGGACAAGGAAAAGAUGAAGCGGUGGUAACAGCAUAUCCAAAAACAUCAAAAAGGGUAUCUAGCCUGUCCUCUCGAGAAUCAAUUACUGUCAUUGAGGGUAUAAAUGCCGAAGGAAAGAUUAUACCACCUUUAUUGAUUCCAAAAGGCAAGGUCCAUUUGGAGGAAUGGUACCGGCAUAUAAAAGAUGACGACUGGCUAGUUGCACCUGCUUCGAAUGGAUUUAUCACAGAUGAGAUCGCAUUCGAAUGGCUUCAACACUUUGACCACUUCUCUAGGCCCGGGGCCUUCCCGGAUUGGCGGUUACUUCUUAUGGAUAAUCAUACAACUCAUCUUACUAUACAGUUCGUGCAAUAUUGUGAAAUUUGGCACAUUCGCCCAUUCCGAUUUCCGCCUCAUUCUACGCAUUUUUUACAACCGCUCGAUGGAGUGCCAUUUCAGCAAUAUAAACAUGUUCAUGGACGGGUUGUGAACAAGAUUGCACGCUUGGGUGGCUUCGAUUUUGAUAAAAACGACUUUUUUGAAGAAUUACGCGAUAUCCGGAUAAAGACAUUUACCACACGAACGAUUCGGCACGGCUGGAGAGAGCGAGGAAUUUGGCCUCUUAAUCCUCGGCUUAUACUUGAUAUGAUGCUUCAGCCAGAGGAAGCAUUUGAAGCACUUGUUGCUGAAGGGGAUGCACUAAAAAUAUAUGGCGAGGCGGAUGACACUAUUCCCAGCUCACCAACUACAAAAUCAAUAUCUCCACCAUCAACGGCCGUAAAACUACGUCGCUAUGUCAAUAAGAUUGAAAAAUCGAUUGACGGUAUAAAGGAUAUUCUUGACGAAGUAAGCCCGGGCCUUUCACGCCGUAUAAAAGUGGUUAAUCAAGGGAGUCUCACCUUGGCCGAAUUAGGCGAUCUACACCGUGAGAGCUUUGCCAAGGUUCGUGAUAUAGCAACGCGCAAGAAUCAAAAAACUACAAAGCGCCAAGUCAAAGCGAGUGGUGCACUCUAUGUAAAAGAUGCGAAUCACCUCAUAAAACGCCGUCAUGAUGGGGAUUUGUUGAAAAUCUAUAAGAGCCAUGUCGUUGGCGUGCCGCAGCCGAUGGAAGAAGUGGCUUCAACAGAGCCUCAAAACAGCGGGUUUUUCUUUGAUACUCAGGGAGAUAGGUGAACAAUGCUUGUAUUUAACACCUGU